CUUAUGAACCUAUUACUUCGCCAGCAAUUUCUGUGGUUGAGUCAGAAGUUACAGCAGCAUAGUUUCACAGUGUUCCCUCUGCUCACAGAUAAGGUGAAGUGCUGAGAGAUUUGUCCCCCACCCACCCAGCCCCCUCUCAUUUAAAUGGUAAUAAGAUGAUUGAAUUAACAUCAAGGUGCUGCCUACAGGCUGACGUUUCCAGGUCUCGGUAAACUGUAGCCCAGGACACAAGCAAGGCUUUUGAAAUCCCGCAGAUGUUUUGACAUGGGUCGGGGUCAUUAUUGCACUGACAACACACCAGUGUGUUAUAUCACUCCGUCAAUUAACUGCGCUUCUCCUGCGCACCUCUCAGAUCUCUCAGCUGGGAUUUAACAGGACAAGAGCUCUCCAGGGGGUCACUGACACAUCACACCCCGCUCUAUAAGGGCAAGUGGAAGCCUACACACUCAUCCAGACACACACCGACCCGUCUCAUUGCUGGAGGGCUCGAUUUGCUCCAAAUUUGCUCUCUUGAGUUUGGGGACCCAUUUGCCCUCAGCCAUGCAGGUACCGGCUCUGACCCUGGGAGGUCUUGCCUACCCGCCUCCCUUCCCUCGCCCCCCUCUCUGCUCCGAAUGCACCCCCAAACCCUUCAGCAUCGACGCCCUCCUCUCCAGCCCUGCUCCCCCGGGACUAGCUACCAGCCCCGCCGUCCCGCAGCCUCUGUACCCGGGCUUAAUGCCUCCCCACGCCGGCUACCCUCUCUACUACGGGGCGCCCCUGCUCUACCGGACCAGCGGCUACAGGGAGGGUCACUACACACACGAAUAUCCACUGGCCAGAGCUGCCCUCACUCCUCUCAAAUCGAAAGGUGCCAAGUCCAAGCGGGUACGGACAAUCUUCAGCCAUGAGCAGCUGGCCCGUCUGGAGGAGGAGUUUGCCCGGCAGCAGUACAUGGUGGGCUCUGAGAGGCUUCUGCUGGCAACUGCCCUGCACCUCAAUGAAUCACAAGUCAAGGUCUGGUUCCAGAACCGAAGAAUCAAAUGGAGGAAACAGAGCCUUGAGCAGCAGCAGGCUAAGCUGGCCAGACUGGGUAUUGUGGCUACUCAGGCCAGCCCGGACUCUCAGAGCACCGGUGAGGGACCAUGUCCUGAAACCCAACAUGAGGACCAGCCCUGAGAUCCUGCAGGAUGUUCAUCACAGACUCUUAGCACAUAGCUGUGUCCACACCAGCCACACCACUAACUAUAAUUUGUCAAGCCUGAAACUGGUGCAGCUGGUACCUACUGACUAUCCACGGAGCAGGCAUCAAACCUGGGGCUUGUUGGUGUGUUCACUCACCGUUGUUUAUAACAUAUUGUGUAUUGUAAAAUUAGUAUAGAUAUACCUAAUAUAUUAUUGGAGUUUUAAAGGAGGCGUCUUUCCAUCUAUGUGUAUUUGUCUGUCUGUUUGCCUGUGUGUAUGUGUGUGCAC